AUAACUUCCAGGUCAUCCGCCAUCUUCUGAAGGAAAUCGAUGCGAUAGAUUAUUUUCAAUCGUUGUACAAUUUGAGUUGUAGAGAGUGUUGUGGACGCAGGGGCAACAUCAAGUGGUGGGACUGUCGAAGCUAGCACCAGUAGUGCCAGUGGGAGUUACGCAACAAGUGGAAGUCAAUUAUCACGUGAAAGUGAAGAGAAUGAUUAUGAACCGAUAGACUUUUUCCAAUCUCCGUGUCCCUCACCACCCCCUACUCCUAGGAGAGUUCGACGGACUUAUAUCAAAAUGACGGAGGGUGGACCAAAACAUGUGAAGUCUCUUCACAACUUUAAAGGCAGCAAUAAUGAUGAGUUGUGUUUUGAGAAGGGGGAGAUAAUAACAGUGACUCAAGCACUAGAUGGAGGCUGGUGGGAAGGUACCUUGAAGGGAAAAACAGGCUGGUUUCCUAGCAACUAUGUUAAAGAUUUUAAAUCAGAGUUAGGCCAUGGGACAGGAAUGAAAAGUAAUAGAAAUUCUGAUAUGAGUGUAAUAAAAAGGGAAAGCAUGCAACUAUAUCAUAAUGUGGUAUUAAAGAAUGUUAUAGAAACUGAGAGAACACAUGUAGCUGAAAUAACCAAAGUAUUAAAAACAUAUCUUCUUCCACUGCAGAGUACUGGCAUUUUAAAUGUCGGUGAAUUUUGUCAGUUAAUAGGUAACUUAGAAGAUAUUGCAGCAUUCCAACCUGUCUUUCUUGCUUCAUUAGAAGAAUGUGAAAAAUUACCACCAUCUCAAAGAAGAAUAGGAGGUGUAUUUUUAACUCAUGCUGAACAAUUAAGAAAUCUGUAUAUACAGUAUUGUGCUAAUCAUCCACUAGCUGUUUCUGUAUUACAAAGACACAGAGAUGAAUUAAGUCGGUAUAUGGAAAAUUUGGGUGUACCAGUUCCAGGCUCAAUGACUUUAACAACAAAUCUCUCAAAAGCAUUUACAAGAUUAGAAAAAUAUCCAAGUUUGUUAAAAGAACUUGAAAGACACAUAGAGGAAAGUCAUCCAGAUAGAGGUGAUACACAAAGAGCUAUAGCUGUGUACAGAGAUAUAGCGAAUUCUUGUAUGGAAAUAAGAAAAUUAAAAGAAAUGGAAUUAGAAAUAGUAGCAAGUAGUAUCAAAGAUUGGGAAGGUGAUGAUAUCACAAAACUAGGUGAAGUAAUCCAUUUAUCCCAGGUUAAACUUCACAAUAAUACAGGAGAAAAGUUUGAAAGAAUUUUCGUUUUAUUUCCUCAUUGCUUGGUAAUGUUAUCAAUGAGUCCAAGACUUAGUGGUUAUCAGUAUGAAGGUAAAUUACCGUUAAGUGGUCUAAUUAUAAACAGAUGUGAAUCAGGAGAUAAAUAUCCUAAUGGUUUCGAAAUCUCAGGGAAUAUGAUAGAACCAAUGGUUAUUACGUGUGGUACUAAAUUGGAAGUAUCAUCAUGGGUGGAAAUUUUACGGCAACAGAUAAAACAGGCUUUAAAUACAGGUUCUACUAAACCUCAAAGUUUACAGAUAUCCCAGUCUCAACCCAGUAUCAGCACAUUAACGCCAGCUAAAACUGCCAAAGUAUCUCAAACUCCGGUUAAUAUUUAUAAAUCUAAUAGUACAUGGAGUAUGUCUUGCCUAAGGCCUUUUCCUCCCAUGAGACCAUCUUUAGCAUGUCGUGAAGAUGCUCUCAAAAGUCCUAAAGCUGCACGUAAAUCGGUUCAAAGCAAGCGAAAACCAGUUCGUACCCACUCUGGAGAUGAGUAUGAUUAUAAUGUCCGCAAUAAAUAUGAUCCAAAGGUUUACAACGAAGAUGCUUUUAUAUUAGAAGUAAUUGAGGCGUAUCAUAAUAGUGCUAAAACCAGACAUACACUGACAUCAUGUCGCCAAUUAUACACAGAUCUAAGGAAAAAUAAAGUCCAUCUCAAUCCCCAAGUUCUUGUUGUUGAAGAUGAAAAAAUUAUGGAUGUUGAUGGUGGAUUAUCGGAAACAACUCUAGUAGAUACAGUUUACUCAUUAAAAGAUAAGGUGAAAGGUUUGGAACAGGAACAGAAGAAAUUAAAACGUGAUGUAGAAGAUGGAAAGAAAGACAGAAAGCGAUUAGAAUUGAUGAUUAAAAAAUUAACAGGUACAGCUAACCUGGAUUUCAAUAAAGAUGAAGUUAUUACUUGAUGGCUAAUAAAAUAGUCAAGUUAAUAUUAUAUUUAAUUAUUUAUGUCUCAUUCAUUAUAAACUAGACCAAAUUUACUUCUAAUAUUUUAUAAGAGGUCUGGACAAUUGUUUUUGGGGGUUUUUUUUGCUUAAAAUGACAUAAUUUGACUGUCAAAAAUUUUGAAUAAUAACCUACAAGAGACAAGUCUAGCAGUACAUAAACUAUAUGAUCUCUUCCACUUGUAUCGAGUGGAAACUUUUCGUAAGGAACCUCUAUGAAUUAUUAAAGAUCACUUCUAGGAUACAAAGUAAAAUCAGUCUAUAGGAUGUGUAUAUAUAAGUGUUUAAACAUCUUUAUGUAGGCAUGCAUUAUUUUUUGAUCUGUGGACAUAUUUUCAUACUUACAUGUAAAUUUGAAAAAAACCUUUGUUACAUCUGUAACAAUGUUUAUUAUUGUUCCAUCCUUUGCAUUCUCAGCAUAAACAUUUAUGUAUCUGUAUCUCAAUGGAUACGUCAUAUCUAAAUUUGAUAUGACCUUGUUUUUUUUUUUAAAUCAUUAUCUCAGCUAGUGUAUAUUUUGUUAUUUAUUGUACAUAUAUAAGAUGUAUAUUAAGUUUUGUAAUAGUAUAUUGUUAUGUACUUUGAUCACUUUUUGUCUAUGCAAUGUUUUUUGUAUACUGUAUGUAUAGAAUGUAACCUCAAUGUAAUAAUAAUGUUGGUUAUAUGAGCUUUCAGCAGCAUUCUUAUUUAGGGGUAAUUAUUUUUUUUCUCCAGUUGAAAUGUUGUUUUUGACCAAUAGCAAUAAAAUGAAGGAUGGUAAUUAGCAUUUAAUAAAACAAGGGUCACAAUUCUUUUACCCUUGAUGUUUAAAGCAAGUUGUAUGUUAUAUCAUAUAAAUCUUGUUUUUUGUAUCUGUAGAAUUGUGAAAUAGAAUUUGCUCAGCUUAAACAGCUCAGAUAUUUGGAAGAGGAUAUAAAACAGAAUUUAUAUCAAAUAUUGAAUAAUAAACUGUUUCCAUUUUUAUACCAUUUUAUUUUAAAAUCCUCACCCGUGCUGUUGCUAAAGGUUUGGAUCAAUAGAGGGUUGAUUAGAAGGGGAAAUAACUCUUUAAUAGAUUUACAAUGGGUGAAACUGUAAAUUGCUUUACAUACAUGUAUAUAUAUACAUAACUUGAUUUCUGAAGAAAUUUAUUUUUUAUUAUGGGUGCCUUUGUGAUAUUUUGCUGCUUCUAAAUCAAAUAAAUAAAGAUAAUUAGAUAUUUUAAACCUCAGAGGAGAACUGGUGAUAAAUUGUGUCCAUUAGACUGAUUGACUAUGUAAUACAAAGCCUUCUCUGUAUUAUAUUAUUCAAAUUUGUUUAAAAUCUUGGUUAUUUGUAUGAAUGUAAUUGUAUCUGAUUGUAGAUUUUUACUAUAAACUAGUGCUAUUAUUAUUUUAGUUGAAUUAAUUUACAUAAAAUUGUAUGUAUAUGUAUCAAUUAUAAUUUUAUGCUUCAUCAAAUAGAAUUGAUCUCAAUAUC